AACAAGGAAACGCGGUCCGUUACUAUUUUUCAACAAACAGACGGUUGAAGCUGUGUUCAGCUUACCGCAUCUUCUGGACGCUACAGCUUUAAGCAGCUGCGCGCGCUCCCGCGGACGCUAAUCACGAGCACUGUCCAGCACAACACCUGGAGCUCAGGGGGCAAAACAAUCACAUGAGUGCUGCUGUUUGACUGAGGAAGAAUAAAGUAGUCGUGAGUGUGUGGUGAAAUCUCUGGUUCAUCGUGUGGUCCACCUUCAGGCCCCUGCAGUUUCACCACAGCAGACGUACAACAACGCCCGUUCUGUCCCAUCGUGGAGGCAUUCAGAGUCAGAGACCAAAGAAAAGAGAUCAAAUCAAAUUUUUUCUUUUCUAAUUUUCACAUGUUAAAGUUUCUGUAUUUUAUCAGAUGUGAUUAUUUAAAGUGUUCUAGUUUCUUUUGCUCUUGUGUGUGAGAUCCUGUCCUGACGUGGAGUGCCGGGCUGCCCUGUUCCUGCUGAGCACGCUCAGUUCGUGGUCAUCAGCAGAGUGAUUAGCAUUGAAAGAUGUGUCACAUGACCCGGUGUUAGGGCUUAGAGCGAGGCACCGGGAGCUCCCGCAGCACAACCGUUACAGCCGUGAAGUCCAGCCAGCAGCCAUGGGCAGCACCAAGCAGGAAGCCGACGCUAAUCAGAUUAAGAGACUGGGAAGGAGAUUUAAGGAACUCGACCUGGAUGACUCCGGAUCCCUGAGCGUGGAGGAGUUUAUGUCCCUGCCAGUGCUCCAGCAGAUUCCCCUCGUGCAGCGAGUCAUCAACAUAUUCGACACCGACGAAAACGGGGAAGUCGACUUCAGAGGUGUGAAAGUGUUUUUACAGAAGACGAACACCUGCUGACCAGCUCAACAGUGAGAUCUUAAGAGAUCCACAGCCUAUGGCUCUUCAAUGGGGUG